AUGGCAGUGGACGAAGCGACUCUUUUGCUUGCACAGCAUACAUCGGAAGGACAAGACGGGAAGACAACGGUAGUGGGAAAAGCCAAUCAAGGGUUUGCACUAUGGCAAGCAGGAGCACUAUGCGGUACGCAAAAGCGCCAUUUUGUUGCCUGAUCAUACAUAUGCACAGUUUUGAACUGACAAAGUCUACAGGUAUUCUACUUGCAUGUGCUGACACAUCGUUGGUAUGGGCAAUUCAUGAGACCAUAGCUUCACGUUUUGGUUGUUUGGAGUAUUCGUCAUGGAUGAUGACUAGCUUCACAUUGGGGUAUUGUGUGACUCUACCUUUAGUAUGUUUAUUUUGACCUUUUUCUGGAAGCACGUACUAUUCUAAGAGUUUGGGUAUAUCCCAACAGUUCUUUUGCUGAUUACCACAAUUUGUUAAAAGUACACACGAUUGAGUGACGAUUAUGGUCGCUAUGGACCUUUGAUUGCGGCCUACUGUACCUUCUGUAUUGGCUGCUCAAUCUGGUAAGUUGGAGGAUCUAUCUUGUCAUACAGUAGCUUCUCCUAUUGCUCCAACUUAGCGAAGGCGUGAACGUAUGCUAAUGCAAGAACAGUGGUUUUGGUCAAGCUUAUUGGCAGAUCAUACUGGGACGAAUCAUCAUCGGGUGUGGAGCAUCCGGGAUAAUAUCGUUGGCUUCUGUUAUAAUCACUGGUAAGUUAAUAUCAAGUUAUCAAUCUCUCGCUUCGCUCUUUAUCUUUUUUCUUUCCCAAAAAGACGAUAUAAGCUGAUCGGAGUUCUCACACAGAUAUUGCUGCACCAUCAGAUGUAGCGGUUCUAAGGAGUUAUGUUAAUGUAGCCUCAACGGUUGGAUUCUCAGUCGGUGGCCCUCUUGGGGGAUUUCUAAGCUCAACCAUCGGUUGGAGAUGGUAAAUAAAGUCUCACUUUUAACGAUAGAGCAAACAAGCAUUGACUUUAGCAGGUCAUUUCUAGGCCAAGUUCCAAUUGCGACCGGUUGUUGCAUUGUCAUUGUUCGAGGCGUCAGAAAACAAUUAUCGAAAUACAAAGAAACUACACGGCAGCCGCAAGGUACAGAAAAUGAGUCAAAUACAGAUGGAUUAGCGUUUGACUUCCCAGGGGCUAUCAGCUUUGCUUUCUGGAUGUCCUCGCUUCUUGUUGUUAUAGACCUGCAACACCACCUUUCUUGGGGACACCCUCUUGUUCUCAGUAUAACAAUUGUGGGAUCAAUUUCAUUUCUAUCCUUCAUUUUGUUUGAGACUUUUCCCGGAAAACGAGAACUUUUGAUACCCUUGCGACUUUUGAAGACAGAGAUUGGAGCCUUUUGUGCUGGACAGGCGAGUAAUGCUUUUUCAUAGCAUAGUCCCUUGCAGAAUGAUGCGUUAAUUUCUAAUUUCUGGCUCAUCUUAUACGCUAACCACGGACGUAUAAUAGCUACUUAUAGUUGGAAGCGGCUACGGUGUAUGUUCUACUCUAUAUCUAAUUACCUCGCCCUUUUUUAUAGCUUGGCUAAGAUAGAUCUUAUAGCUUGUUUCUCAGAUACCACCAUACUUUGCAAAUACACAAGGCGCAUCGAACGGAAAAGCAGGGGCACGUACAAUCCCCUAUAGUGUCGGUAACGCGAUGGGCAAUCUUAUCGCAGGUCAAGUAACUAGAAAGUAUGCUUACAAUAUUUUUGUUCGUAGCUCGAAUUUCUAACAAGAAAUUUCCUUAGGAUUGGGAAAUAUAAAAGGCUUUCCCUCGUGUCUCUCCUGCUUUGUAUCGCCAAUUCCCUCUUGAUAAUCUUCCAGUGGUCUCACUCUCUAGGUAGGUAAAUCAGACACCCCUUGCCAAGAGUCUCUGUGCUCUACUACGUCCUAGUCACUUCCAGUUGGGAUUAUCAUUGAACAAAACUGUUAGUCUGCGGCAAUAAUUCAGUUUGAAGAAAGAUAUUUCCGAGAAGAGUUUAACUAACAGAUCAAUCUUAUUUUAGGCACAUGGGAUAUUCUAACCACUCUGCCAUUGGGCCUCUUUGGCGGCAUGAUUCUUUCUUCACAAUUCAUCGGAAUGUAUCACAAUGCACCUAAGGAACAAAUGGCGACGGCUAUAGGAAUGUACUACAUGAGUCAGCAAGUGGGGAUAGCCCUAGGAAUUACCCUUACUUCAAGUCUUUUCAAGCAACAAUUCGAGGCAACGCUGAAAGAUACGCUAGCGAACGUACCUCGGUAUGAAGAAGUAAGUAAUAUAUGUAUCAUUUAGGAUAAGAAGUUUUCUAACCUGUCUUGGAUAGAUCAUCAAAGUCAUCCUGAGGGAUUCUUCUGCCAUUGCAUUACUACCUACGGGAGUCAGAUAUUUAGUAUCACAGAGUUAUCUCAGAAGCUUCUGGGUUGUGCCGGGUAUGAUUCCAACUUUGCUUAUUGUUCGUGACCAUGUUAUUCGGACAGCUAAUGUAUGUUUAGUAUCAAUCACUGUCAUGGAAGCGCUCGCUAUUCUGCCCAUGAUUUCUACCACAGAGAAAUACUCAACUUAG